AUGCCUGGAAACCAGCCUUGUCUGCAGCCUCCUGCGCCUGUCACCUGGGGCCUGAGGCUGGUGGCGCACUCGGGGCCUCGUCUCGACCCCGCGGAGCCCCCCAGGACCCGCGGGUCUGCAGGGGGCGGCUGCGAGCUCCGCUGUGACCCUCUUUCCUGCAUCCGCGUCUCCAGCCCUGGAAUCCGAAUCUCGGGGGACUCUGCCGCUGCUGAGUGGACCUGGACAGUCUGCGACCUGUGCUCCAGCAGCCGCGGGUACUUUUCCAAGGACCAGAACGCGUCUCUCUCAGAACCCCCACCCUCAGCCCCUGACACUCUGGGUGCCCUCAUCUGUCUGUCCUUCUGUAACACAGACUUGCCUGUGGGUUGCAUGCUGGUGCUCAUGCUGAUGACCACAGUGCUGAGAAGGACGGGAGCAGUUCCUGUCCCCACGCCCCUCAGUGCCCUCCCGGGUGUAAGGGACUGCCCCAUGGCCCAGUUCAAGUCUCUGCCCCCACAAGACAUGAAGGCCUUCAGGAGGGCCAAGGACGCCUUGGAGGAGUCACUCCUGCUGAAGAACUGGAGCUGCAGCUCCCACCCACUGCCCAGGACCCGGGACCUGAGGCAGCUGCAGGUAUGGGAGCGCCCCGUGGCCUUGGAGGCUGAGCUGGCCCUGACACUGAAGGUCCUGGGGACCAUGGCUAACUCCACCCUGGGGGACAUCCUGGAGCAGCCCCUUCACAUGCUGCGCUACAUCCACACCAAGCUUCAGGCCUGUGUCCCAGCUCAGGCCACAGCAGGCCCCAGACCCCGGGGCUACCUCCACCGCUGGCUGCGCCGCCUCCAGGUGGCUUCAAAGGAGUCCCCUGCCUGCCUUGAAGCCUCUGUGACAUUCAACCUGUUCCGCCUCCUCACCCAUGACCUGAACUGUGUCGCCAGUGGAGACCUGUGUGUCUGA